ACUCAGUAUUCAGGUCACACAUUUUUGUUAUAUCCUUCAAAAAUGGCAUCCCUCACCCUGAGGAACCUCUCAUUGACUGUCCUCCUUGCCGGAAUUCUGGCCGGAGCACUGCCUAGAGGGGUGGUAGGUCAGGACUGUGGCUGUGCCGCAGACCUUUGCUGCAGCAGAUGGGGGUAUUGUGGCACAGGCGAUGACUACUGUGGCACUGGGUGCCAAGAGGGUCCCUGCAAUCCGCCCCCAAGUACCAAUAAUGUCUCGGUUGCAGAUAUCGUGACACAGGAAUUCUUCAAUGGGAUAAUUGAUCAAGCUGAUGCGAGUUGUGAAGGGAAGAACUUCUACUCAAGGGCGAGGUUUCUUGAGGCUCUCAACUCAUUUUCUCAGUUUGGCAGGGUUGGUUCAGAGGAGGAUUCUAAGCGUGAGAUCGCUGCUUUCUUUGCGCAUGUCACCCACGAGACUGGACAUUUUUGCUACAUAGAGGAGAUCAAUGGAAGCUCUAGGGACUACUGUGAUGAGACCAACACCCAGUAUCCAUGUGUGGCUGGGAAGGGUUACUAUGGACGUGGACCGAUUCAGCUAUCAUGGAACUACAACUACGGGCCUGCCGGAGAGGACAUAGGAUUUGAUGGCUUGAACUCUCCUGAAACUGUGGCAUCAGACCCAGUUGUGUCAUUUAAGACAGCCUUGUGGUACUGGGUAAACUUUGUCCAACCGGUCAUAGGCCAAGGGUUUGGGGCAACCAUUCGAGCCAUUAGUGGUGCACUGGAAUGUGAUGGGGCAAAUCAAGCCACUGUCAACGCCCGAGUUGAAUACUACACGGAAUACUGUAAUCAACUAGGUGUCACACCUGGGGAUAAUCUCACUUUUUAUAAAUACCCCACCAAGGUCUCCACCUUAUCAUCCCAUUUCUCACAUUCUUCUCUUGAUAUGGCUAUCAAGCUUGUGGCAAUCCUUCUUGUUGGGGUCCUCGCCGGAGCCCUCCCUGCCUUCGUGCUGGCCCAGAACUGCCGCUGCGACGCGGGUCUGUGUUGCAGCCAAUAUGGGUAUUGCGGGACGGGGAAUGACUUCUGUGGGACUGGGUGCCAGGCAGGCCCUUGCUAUUCGUCCGGAGGUAGUGUUUCUGUCUCUGAUGUUGUGACGGAGGAUUUCUUCAAUGGGAUUAUUAGUCAAGCUGCUGGGAGUUGCGCCGGGAAGAACUUCUACUCACGUAAUGCCUUCCUUAAUGCUGCCAGUUCGUACCCUCAGUUUGGCCAGGAUGGCUCCGCAGAUGACUCCAAGCGGGAAAUCGCUGCUUUCUUUGCUCAUGUCGCGCAUGAGACCGGACACUUUUGUUACAUAGAAGAAAUAGAUGGUGCCUCUAAGGACUAUUGCGAUGAGAGCAACACACAGUACCCAUGUGUAGCUGGAAAGGGUUACUAUGGUCGUGGACCGCUUCAAAUAUCAUGGAACUACAAUUACGGGCCGGCUGGACAGAGCGAUGAGAGUCUUGGGGAAACAGUUGCUAAUGUUCUUACUUCACUUCCCUUUAUUGCUCUUGGAAUUCAAGCCCCAAGGAAGAAUCUUAACUGCAAGUUGUAUGCUAAUUCAUUAAUUGGAGUUGGGAUUGCCUCAGGUUUAUACCACUCUUCAAGAGGAAAACUGAGGAAGUAUUUGAGGUGGGCUGACUAUACAAUGAUAGCCACAGCAACAGUUCGCACUGGUAAUAUAACUCUACAAAAACCCCACCAAGGUUUCAACCUUAUCAUCCCAUUUCUCACAUUCUUCUCCUCUCCAGACAUGGUUUCAAAGCUGGUAGCAAUCCUCAUUGUCGGAGUCCUCGCCGGAGCCCUCCCGUGGCCGGUGCUGGCUCAGAACUACAGCUGCAACGCUGGCCUGUGUUGCAGCCAAUUUGGGUUCUGCGGCACCGGCGUUAGAUACUGUGGCGACGGCUGCCAAGCCGGUCCUUGCUAUUCACCGCCUAGUGGUGGAGGUGAUGGGGGUUGUAUUUCGGUCGAAGAUGUUGUGACGGAGGAUUUCUUCGAUGGGAUUAUUAACCAAGUAGAUGCGAGCUGCACCGGGAAGAACUUCUACACGCGCCGCGCCUUCCUUGAUGCUCUCAACUCGUACCCUGAGUUUGGCCAGGGUGGUUAUGCUAAUGACUCUAAGCGUGAGAUCGCUGCUUUCUUUGCUCAUGCCACCCACGAGACUGGAUGCUUUUGUUACAUAGAGGAAAUUGAUGGUCCCUCUAAGAACUACUGUGUUGAGGAUACACGAUAUCCUUGUGUGCCUGGGAAGGGUUAUUAUGGUCGUGGUCCCCUUCAGAUAACGUGGAACUUUAAUUAUGGACCAGCAGGAGAGAGCAUAGGGUUCAAUGGCUCAAACAAUCCUGAAAUUGUGGCCAAUGAUCCAGUUAUUUCAUUCAAAACAGCCUUUUGGUUUUGGAUGAAAAAUGUGCAUGAUAUCGUAAACAGAGGGUUUAGUGCAACGAUCCAUGCCAUCAAUGGCGCAGAGUGCAAUGGAGGAAACAGAGAUGCUGUCAGCGCACGUGUCGAGUAUUACGAGGACUACUGCAAUCAACUUGGUGUUUUCCCUGGUGACAAUCUUCCUUCUCUCAACCUUAUCAUCCCAUUUCUCACAUCCUUCUCUUCAUUCUUUUCCUCUCAAGGCAUGGUUGCAAAGCUGGUAGCAAUCCUUAUCGUCGGAGUCCUCGCCGGAGCCCUUCCAGGGCCGGUGCUGGCUCAGAACUGCGGCUGUGACGCUGGCCUCUGCUGCAGCCAAUAUGGGUACUGCGGCACCGGCAAUGACUACUGCGGCACCGGCUGCCAAGCCGGUCCUUGCUAUUCACCGCCUAGUGGUGGAGGUGGUGGUGGGAGUGGUGUUUCGGUCGCAGAUGUUGUGACGAACGGGUUCUUCAAUGGGAUUCUUAACCAAGCUGACGCGAGCUGCGCCGGGAAGAACUUCUACACGCGUCGCGCCUUCCUUGAUGCUCUCAAUUCGUACCCUCAGUUUGGCCAGGGUGGCUCUGCUGACGACUCUAAGCGCGAGAUCGCUGCUUUCUUUGCUCAUGUCACCCACGAGACUGGACACUUUUGCUACAUUGAGGAAAUAGAUGGUCCAUCCAAGGACUAUUGUGAUGAGAGCAACACUCGAUAUCCUUGUGUGCCUGGGAAGGGUUACUAUGGUCGUGGGCCGAUUCAGCUAUCAUGGAACUAUAAUUACGGACCAGCAGGAGAGAGCAUAGGGUUCAACGGCUUGAAUAAUCCUGAAACUGUGGCUAAUGAUGCAGUUGUUUCAUUCAAAACAGCCCUUUGGUUUUGGAUGAAUAAUGUACACUCUGUCGUAAGCCAAGGGUUUGGUGCAACGAUCCGAGCCAUCAAUAGCAUGGAAUGCAAUGGAGGAAACAGCGGUGCCGUCAACGCACGUGUCGGGUAUUUCAGAGACUACUGCAAUCAAUUUGGUGUUUCCCCUGGUGACAAUAUUUCUUGCUAGGAAAAGUUUCAUCGAAGCACUUAGAUUUAAUAACAUGUGACCCAAAAGGAUAUAAAGAGUUUUCAGUAUGAAACUCUCCUUUUUAGGGUUGUAUUAUGUAGUAGUUUUUAG